AUGGCGUUCAAACCGCCGCCACGCGCAGCCACCGUCCUUCGCUUUUGUCCCCUCGUGCUCGGCCCGCUCCCCGUGGGCGCGUGGGCUUUCGUCGGCCUCACCACCGCCGUGGCCACGCAGACGCUCCCCUUCGAGGCCGCCUUCUCCGCCUUCACCAACGAGGUCAUCUGGCUCAUCGUCAUCUCCUUCUUCUUCGCGCGAGGCUUCGUCAAGACCAGACUCGGCGACCGCAUCGCCACCUAUUUCAUCAAGUGGCUCGGUGGCAGCACGCUGGGGCUCUCCUACGGGCUCACCGUCAGCGAGGCCUGCAUCGCGCCGGCCAUGCCCAGCACCACCGCCAGGGCCGGGGGCGUCUUCCUGCCUAUCAUCAAGUCGCUCGCGCUCUCCGCGGGCAGCAAGCAUAACGACCAGUCGUCGCGGAAUCUCAGCUCCUAUCUUGUGAUGACCCAGUUCCAGUGCUGUGUGGAGGUGGUGCCGGACCCGGUUGCUUUUCGGUCGGUUCCGGCUCGUCUGCGGCUGUCGGCGACGUGGGUUGGUGGUGACGUGACGAUGGUUUGA